GUUUUGCUCCCUCUCUCUUCUCUCUCUCUCUCUCUCUCUCUCUCUCUCUCUCUCUCUCUGUGCGCCAUUCUCUUUGUCUUUCAUUCUUUCUUUGCUGUGUGUAGUUGGAUCAAAUUCAAAAAACCCAUCAGAAAGAUCAUAGCUUUUGUUGAAUUUGUUGGUAGUAUAUGUGUGUUUAGUAGUAAUCUAAGAACCCCAUCCCUCAAACCCCCCCCUCUUGAAAAACAUAUUCACCAUCGUUGUCUCUGCUUUCUUCUUCCAUUUUUUCGUUUGUUCUUUAUCAUAUAGUCUGUCGGUCGUUUCGUGGUUUGCAAGGAUGAGUACUAGUGGGUUUAGGGUUUCAAUCCCAAACAGUGUGAGAAAAACGAUCCAGGACAUUAAGGAGAUCACAGUAAAUCAAAGUGAAGAGGAAAUCUAUGCAAUGCUCAAAGAAUGUUCCAUGGAUCCCAACGAGACAACCCAGAAGCUCCUCCUUCAGGAUACAUUCCAUGAGGUCAAAAGGAAACGUGACAGAAGAAAAGAGAAUCUAAACAACAGAGAGUCUGGAGAGGUGCGGUGGAGAUCUGGUACGCAGGGACGGGGGGGUAGGGGUGGUCGGGUGUCUUUUUCACCGCGCCUUACAUCCCAUGAUGCUGGUGGCGGCAGGAGUUCGGGUCCUGGAAAGGAGAAUGGACUCAAUCAAGGUGCAGAGAAGGAUCUUGCUUCUUUGCCAACCUCUUAUGAGAAUAAGAAUAAAGAAAGAAGUUCUGUUACAAGGUCUACCCCUAUCAUUGCCAAUGGUCCUACCAAUAUAGCUUCUGGAAGUACUAGUAUCAUGCAUGCCUCCAAUAUAUCAGCAGGAAGUGGUGGUCCUGAGUUAAGUUUGACAUAUGCCAGCAAAGAUAAUUCAAGCAGUAAGCUCAAUCCAGGUGAUACAAACAAGAACCCUAUUGCAGUUGGAACUGAGGACUCAUGUGAACAGCCUGCACCAACACCAACAUCUUCAUUAGUGGUCUGUUUCUCAUCUUCAGAUCCUGUCCUUGAGCCAUCUAAUGAUUCAAGAGUUCCAGGUGCAGUAGGCACGAUUAAACGUGAAGUAGGGAGCCAUCGCCCUCCUGGUGAGCCAAAUGCAACUAUCCAUGUCGAGAACAAAUUAUCUACUGCUUCUGAGAUUGGUAGCUCGUCUGCACAAGGAAAGAUGCCAAACAAUUUCCAGGGAGUUGGGAAAAGUCAAUUCACUGAGUUUUCACAAUCUUUGUCUACAUCAACUCAUGGUGGUUCUUCAAUUAGUCGGCCAUCAUCAAAUUACAGCAGCCGGUCACAGCAAAUAAUUGGCGGUCAGAAGGUUGGUUCUAAUAAGGAGUGGAAACCAAAGCCUACAAAUUCUACUGUGCAAGGUCCUGGAACAGCUGGUGCAUCUGAGGUUCCAACUGCUGCUGCUGAAGCUACUGCCCAGUCACAGACUGUCUCAAUGGUCCUUGAUUCUGAAGAAGCAACUUUGAAACUGCAGAGGAAGUUGGAUGAAUUACAUCUUCCACAACGCCAACAUGUUAUUUUACCAAACCAUAUCCAUGUCCCUGAAUCUGAAAGGACCAAGUUGAGCUUUGGAAGCUUUGGUGCUAGUUUUGGGGUAAUUAUGGGUAAUGAUGCCAGCAGUCAGGAGAGUGACAAGUGCUCUACAACUGUGUCUGAAACAUCUCAGGGUGUUGAAGAUACUGUCGAGGAACAGUCCUCAAGCAAUCAAAAUGCAUUGACAAAUGCUGAUGAGGGUGAUUAUUCUGAUCGUCCGGGAUCACCAGUGCAUGUACCUGAAAAUUUAUCACCUGCUGAUGGUGAAAUAUCAUCAAGUGCAGCCCUUGGGCAUAAUGAAUCCAAGCAAGAUGCUGUGUUGCCAUCCGGAGGCCAUCAAUACUCGGUGGUUCAUACUUCUCCAAACUAUAGUUUUGGGUUUGUACCUCCAGUCUUAGGAGGUCAGCUUGCACCACUGGAAAACCCUGACUCUCAAGCUCGUGAUGUUUCUCGCCAUCCAAGCUUUGUGCUACAACAACCCUUUGAUCCUUCAAGUUACUAUGCACAAUUUUACCGCUCGGGUAGUGAUAUCGAAGGUCGCCUUUCGCCUUUUCCAUCUCCUGGUGUUGCCACCAAGUAUAAUGGGAAUGUAACCAUAUUGCCUCCACCAAGUUCACAGUCUCCACAAGAGGGUGGGGUCCUGUCCACAGCUGGUCCUACUCCACUGGUUACACAACCUGCUGGCCUUAUGCAAAGCUCCAUAGCCGUAACUCAGCAACCAGUUCCUGUUUUCCGGCCACCGACUGGAUUGCAUAUCUCGCAUUACCCUCCAAACUACUUUCCCUAUGGCCACUAUUUUUCCCCAUUCUAUGUUCCACCUCCAGCAAUUCACCAAUUUUUGGGCAAUGGUGCAUUUCCCCAGCAACCUCAGGCUGGCAGUGUAUAUCCAGCUCCACCAGCAGCAGCGGCCUCAGGAGUCAAAUAUUCACUCCCGCAGUACAAGCCAGGGGCUAAUACAGGAAACUCAACUCACAUCGGGAUGGCCAGCAGUUAUGGACCAUAUGGCACCUCCCUAACUGGUUAUAAUCCCAGCUCGGCUGCAGCACCUGGAAAUUCUACUGCUAAUGAGGAUCUUGGAGCAUCUCAGUUCAAGGAGAGUAAUGUUUAUAUCUCUGGACAACAGCAGAGUGAAGGUUCAGCUGUGUGGGUUGCUGCACCUGGCCGAGACAUAUCCAGCUUGCCUACAAGUUCUUUCUACAACCUUCCUCCACAGGGUCAACAUAUGACUUUCACCCCAGCACAGGCUGGCCAUGGGACUUUUGCUGGUAUGUACCACCCUGCACAAGCUGUAACAGCGGCGGCCAUUCACCCACUUUUGCAACAGUCUCAGACUGUGGCUGGGGCUGUUGAUAUGGUUGGACCUGGGGGCAAUGUUUAUCAGCAGCCUCAGCAUGCACAGAUCAACUGGCCGAGUAACUAUUGAAACAAGGAUUGACUUUUUUAUAAACAACAAAGAAGAAAUGCAUGCCCUAUCUUGGAAAUUUUUGGGAAACUCCAAACAAGUGGAGAGGGGGGGAACGGCAAGAAGAUACAGUGUUGGCUAGGUUAGAGUGUAAAUCUAUGGAAGGCUGGAAAUUUUUGCCAGUAGUAUCUUCGGAUUGCAUGGGUGAGGACAUUAAAAGGUGCACAUCACCUGUAACUGAUAUUGACGGUUGUUAGUUAGUCAAGUUAGGCAUAUGCGGGUUGUCUUUUUGUUGCUGCUGUUAUAAUGGUGCUACCGUUUUCCCUUUUCUUUCUGUAGUUUCUAGGUCCCCACUCCUUUUGUGCCAUCUAUUUGCUUUUUGAAGUUUUGAACUUUUCUUAGAAUUUACUGUUGAGUGGUGAGAAUCUCUUUCAUUUUUUUUAAUUUUUUUUUUAUCUCCUUCAUAUAUGAGGUUUUUAUAGGAUUUUGGAAGGUAAGAUAUAGGCUGGUGAAGAAUUUUUCAUUCUUUUUCUUUUUUCUUUUUUUUGUUUCCCUCGUCUUUACGCUGGCUUACCUGUAAAGUGAAUUUUUGAUAGCAAGGAGAGAAUGUACUGAACUGUUGUAUUGGUAUAAGCUGAAAAAGCAAACCUGUCAAUUGUUUAAAUUGACCUAUAGAUGGUUGAAAGCUUGGUUUUAUUAUCCAAGGUCAAUAGGGUAACACUUGGAAAGUUUAUUAAACUUGUAAAUUCCAUUGUGAUUUUCAAAAAUUUAAUUGUUCU